GCUUACCUUGUAGGCGAGGACCCGGGUCAACAAUACAACAGAAGAAGAAGUUGUUAUCAGCAUCUGUUAUUAAGUACUUUUCUGAUUUGAUUGACAGGUGAUACACGAUGCCAAAAUUACCACGUAUCACUAGAUCUUUGCGGAUAUUCACUUCUCUAGAGCAUAGAGGAGAAACAUUGGAUUGCGAACCAAACGACUUACUGAAGAAAAGGCAGGAACGAACAAAAAGAUUAAAAAGCAUUCUUGAAUGGCAUGAUAUAUAUAAAGAUGCAUCUAAAAAUUUUGCGGCACAUCUGCUAGUAUUGAGAAACAUUGUGCAACAAAUUCUAGCAAAUGAUUCCUCAGAUGUUAUUAAUGAAUUCACGAUUUAUGCAUUACGUUUAUUAAUUGAAGAUAAAAGCUCAUUGAGAGAAAAAUAUGGUCUACUUGGCCAAAAAUCAGGACAUAUAACGUUUCACUGUGCACAAACUAUGAUGCAGGUAGUCAAUAAAAUUAAGAUAGAAUGUCAUGAAGAAGCUAUGAAAUUGUUAUCAGAAUCAAAUGCAAACACUGCAGAUUCACAGAUUUUUGGAACAGAUAUUCCCUAUAAUUCAGCUAGGGUCAUAUGGCCUGAUACUGUUAAACUUCACAAUAUGUCUACACAGAAGACAAAUUCAAAUACUGAUAAAUUUACAAUGAUGAUACACGAAACAAAACCUUCAACACAGAAGAAAUCUGUAUUUGAUAAAACAAUAUUUACAAAUGGAUUAAAAAGCUGUUACAAAAAAUACAGUAUAGAAAUGUCAUAUCCAGAUUUUGCAACAAAAAUAAUAGAAACAUUAAAGAUCUCUGAGAAUAUACAAGCGGAAUUAUUCGAUUUGUUAGGUUGUGAACACUUGGAAUUUAUAGAAUAUAUUAUUGAACAUCAAAGGAGCAUCGUAUCGACAUUUUCAUGUUCAAAAGUGUCCAAGAGACCGCAAACAAAUGUGCGAGGCCCAAUAAUAAGUGGUCAAGUGACUAUAGAAUCCGAAAAGGAAAAGCAGUUAUACAAACAAGUACGUAAGGAGGAAAAGAGGUUCAACAGAAUGGCGAACAAACGAGAUGCCAAGUCAGAAGCCGAGGAAAGAGAAUUUGAAAGGAAAGAGAAUGAACUGCAAAUAAAGAGACAAGAGGUAUUGAAAGCCACGUGUACCCCGCUAUUUCCUAAAACUAACACUUUAGAGAGAGGCACGCAGGAAGGUUUCCCAUUUGUAUUCGAUUCUAAAGCGAAUGCCAAGCAAGCGAGCAUUAUAUCAGGACAAAAAUUAUUGUUGACCGAAGAUGUUACAAGGGAGGAUAUUGAACUCUGUGAACGAGUACAUAUACCGAUAUCGAAACAAGAACCUAUUAACGUUAAGAUAAAUUCUGUGUCGAUAUCUUCCCUAGACGAGAUCGGCCAAAUAGCUUUUAGUGGCAUAACGUCAUUAAAUAAGAUUCAAAGUAUAGUUUUCGACGCGGCGUACAACACUAAUGAGAAUCUACUGAUUUGCGCUCCGACCGGAGCGGGAAAGACAAACGUAGCCAUGUUGACUGUGGUGCAUCAAUUGAAACAGAACAUUCGAGACGGACAAUUACAAAAGAAUCAAUUUAAAAUAAUCUAUGUUGCGCCAAUGAAGGCCCUAGCGGCGGAAAUGACUGCUAACUUUAGCAAAAAACUCUAUCCUCUAGGUGUGUGCGUUCGCGAGCUGACUGGUGAUAUACAAUUGACGAAACAAGAGAUUCAACAAACCCAGAUGAUAGUGACUACGCCGGAAAAGUGGGACGUCGUCACGAGGAAAGGUACGGGCGAUAUUUCCCUCACUAGUAUCGUGAGAUUGCUCAUUAUCGACGAGGUGCAUUUGCUGCAUGGUGACAGGGGACCCGUUGUAGAAGCGCUGGUUGCAAGAACCUUGCGUCAGGUGGAGUCAUCGCAGAGCAUGAUUAGGAUAGUUGGGCUGUCUGCAACACUUCCAAAUUACGUGGAUGUCGCGCGAUUUUUGCGCGUCAACCCACACAAGGGAUUAUUCUACUUUGAUCAUCGUUUCCGACCAGUGCCCCUCAGCCAGACUUUCAUCGGCGUAAAGGCUAUCAAGCCGAUGCAACAAAUGAGCGACAUGGACUUGGUGUGUUACAAAAACGUCGUGGAGAUGGUGCGGCAGGGCCAUCAGGUUAUGGUAUUCGUGCAUGCGCGAAACGCCACCGUUAGAAUGGCGAACGUCCUGAAGGAGCUGGCAUUAAAAAACGAUACGCACAAGUACUUUCUAUCCGAUGGACAGGCAAGGCACAUAAACAAGGCCUUUCCAAAGUCGCGCAACAAGUAUCUUGGUGAGCUAUUCAACAGUGGACUGUCGGUACAUCACGCUGGCUUACUGCGCUCCGAUAGGAAUCUCGUUGAGAAAUACUUCUCCGAAGGUCUGAUUAAAGUGCUGGUGUGCACCGCCACGCUAGCUUGGGGUGUAAAUCUACCUGCGCAUGCGGUUAUCAUACGUGGAACCGAGAUUUACGAUUCCAAGCAUGGCUCAUACGUGGACCUGGGUAUCCUGGAUGUAUUGCAGAUCUUCGGUCGCGCUGGCAGGCCGCAAUUUGACAAGUCGGGACACGCGGUCAUCAUUACCUCGCACAGCAAGCUGUCUCACUAUCUCUCACUGUUGACGAAUCAAAUACCAAUUGAGAGUAGCUUCAUUACAUACUUGGCUGACAAUUUGAAUGCCGAGAUAGCGUUAGGCACGAUAUCCAACGUGACAGAAGCGGUCGAAUGGUUAAGUUACACCUAUCUCUUUGUACGAAUGAAAUUGAACUUUCAGGCGUAUGGCAUGGUCUAUCAGAACCUCAUGAAUGAUGUGAAUCUCGAAAAGAAACGGAAGGAGCUCAUCGACGUCGCUGCGAAGGCAUUGGACAAAGCGCAGAUGAUCAGAUAUGAUACACGCACCGGUGAUCUUAAUGCGACUGAUUUAGGACGUAUUGCGAGCCAUUAUUAUCUCAAGUACGACACGGUCGAGAUCUUCAACGAACUCCAAAAGUCUCUCAUGACCGAGACAGAGAUUCUUGCGAUGAUAUCGCACGCUCAGGAAUUUGAACAGCUCAAGGUACGAGAUGACGAGGUGGACGAGUUAGAUGACCUGAUAAAAGAAUGCGAGCUCAUACCACAGGGCGGUGUGGAGAAUGUCCACGGCAAAGUCAAUAUAUUGCUGCAAACGUAUCUGUCCAGGGGCCGAGUGAACACGGCUUCAUUGAUAUCCGAUCAGGCUUAUGUCACGCAGAAUGCUUUGCGAAUAGCCAGAGCGCUCUUCGAGAUUAUGCUCAGACGUAAUAAUGCAAUAAUGGCCGGACGAUUGCUGCAAAUGGCAAAGAUGUUUGAGGCGCAACAAUGGGAUCUGUUGACGCCAUUGCGCCAAUUUGAUUGCCUCUCCAUGGAGGUGAUCGACAAGAUCGAGUCACGCAACUUGGAGAUCUAUCGGUUGCAAGAGAUGGACGUGAAGGAAAUUGGUAAUAUUUUAUGGAAUCAACAGGCGGCGAUAAUGGUGAAAAAGUGUUGUGACGAAUUGCCCGCACUGGACGUAGAAUACAGCUUACAGCCUAUUACGCGCACCAUCCUGAGGAUACGACUCAAAUUAACGUCACAGUUCCACUGGAACGAUAAGGUUCACGGGAAGAAUUCGCAAGCUUUCUGGAUAUGGAUUGAGGACCCGGAUAAUAAUUUUAUUUAUCAUCAUGAGUAUUUUAUAUUGACGAAGAAGAUGGUCUGUCAGAAUCUCGAGCAAGAACUCGUCGUGACUAUACCAUUGUCCGAAUCGUUACCGACGCAAUAUCUCGUCAAAAUCGCAAGCGAUCAUUGGCUCGGUUGCGAAGCUACGUUUCCGUUGACUUUUCAUGAUCUGAUUCUGCCAGAGACUCAUCCCCCACACACAGAUCUGCUAGAAUUGCAACCGUUACCGAUAACCGCUCUCAAAAAUCCAAACUUUGAGAACUUGUAUAACUUUUCCCAUUUUAAUCCAAUACAGACGCAAAUCUUUCAUUGUCUAUAUCACACGGAUAACAACGUUCUUCUCGGUGCUCCGACUGGCUCGGGGAAAACAAUUGCAGCGGAGAUUGCCAUGUUUCGCGUUUUCAAACAGAAUUCCGAUCAGAAGAUCGUUUACAUAGCGCCCCUGAAAGCUCUGGUUAGGGAACGCAUAAACGACUGGAAAGAACGACUGGAGGAACGACUAGGUAAAAGAGUGGUGGAGUUGACCGGAGACGUGUCACCCGACAUAAAGAUGAUAGCCGGCGCGAGUGUGAUUGUCACGACGCCCGAGAAGUGGGAUGGUAUCAGCCGGAGUUGGCAAACGCGAAGCUAUGUGAAAAAAGUGGCACUUAUAGUGAUCGACGAGAUUCAUUUGUUGGGCGAGGAUCGCGGUCCGGUGCUCGAGGUGAUCAUCUCCCGUACCAAUUUCAUAUCCUCGCACACGCACAACAAGGUCAGAGUCAUCGGGCUCUCGACCGCGUUGGCCAACGCGAUAGAUCUGGCCAAUUGGCUCGGUAUCAAAGAGAUGGGUCUCUAUAAUUUCCGGCCGUCCGUGAGACCAGUACCACUGGAGGUUCACAUCAGCGGAUUUCCUGGUAAACACUAUUGUCCCCGGAUGGCGACCAUGAACAGACCAACCUUUCAGGCGAUCAGGCAACACGCGCCCACUAGUCCUUCUCUCGUAUUUGUUUCCUCUCGCAGGCAAACUCGCCUGACUGCUCUCGAUCUGAUUGCCUAUCUCGCGGCGGAGGAUAAUCCCAAGCAAUGGUUACAUAUGCCGGAAGAACAAAUGAACGACAUUCUGGAAAAUAUAAAUGACUCAAAUCUAAAGCUUACACUCGCCUUUGGAAUUGGUCUUCACCAUGCCGGUCUUCAAGACAGAGACAGGAGAACUGUGGAGGAAUUAUUUGUCAAUAAUAAGAUACAGGUACUAAUCACGACGGCCACUUUAGCCUGGGGUGUUAAUUUCCCUGCUCAUCUGGUGGUGAUAAAGGGCACGGAAUAUUAUGAUGGCAAACUAAAGCGUUACGUAGAUAUGCCGAUAACAGACGUUCUCCAAAUGAUGGGUCGCGCUGGCAGACCGCAGUUUGAUGAUUCUGGUGUGGCGGUCGUUCUUGUGCACGACUUAAAGAAAAAUUUCUACAAGAAAUUUUUAUACGAACCGUUUCCCGUGGAAUCGAGUCUGAUGGGAGUGUUACCUGAUCAUAUUAAUGCUGAAAUUGUCGCUGGUACCAUCAAGAACAAACAAGAGUUUCUCGAUUAUUUAACGUGGACAUAUUAUUUUCGAAGAUUGAUGAAAAAUCCUAAAUAUUAUGAUCUGGAUAUCUUGGAACCUUAUUGUAUCAACGAAUAUCUCUCGAGAUUGGUAGAGACCACCGUAAAAUCGUUAAUGGAUUCGCAUUGUAUCGAUUAUGAUGAGGACGAACAAACUUUACUUUCGUUGCCGAUGGGUAAGAUAGCGUCAUUCUAUUAUUUGUCACAUAAUACGAUGCUGAUGUUUAUGCAAUCGUUAGAGGAGAACUUGACGUUAGAUCAGUAUUUACGUAUACUCUGCAACUCAUAUGAAUACAACGAAUUACCUGUGCGACAUAACGAGGAAUUAUUGAAUGAAGAACUAGCAAAACUAUGCCGUUAUUCCUCAAAUCAGUACGAUUCUCCACAUACAAAAGCAUUUCUGUUGCUGCAAGCUCAUUUCUCAAGACUACUAUUACCUUGCGCCGAUUAUAUCACUGAUCUGAAAUCAGUGCUCGAUCAAGCAAUUAGAAUAAUACAGGCAAUGAUCGACACAGUCGCAGAACGUGGAUGGUUAACAAGCACAUUAAAGAUAACGCAACUGUUUCAAAUGAUUAUGCAAGCACGAUGGAUAGAUGAAUCUGCAAUAAUGACGUUACCGCAUAUAAGGACGGCAGAUUUACGCUUGUUUUCAUCGUUGUCGAUGGCUCUUCCAAUAUUGUGUUCCAUAACAUACAACAAUUAUAACAGACUUGCAAAGGUUUUAUGUGAAGGAGAAUAUCGGGUAGAUCAAAUACGUGAGAUACAUCAAAUAAUCAGAGAUAUGCCAAUAAUAUCAGUUGAUUUAAUGUUGGAGAAUUCUUGGGACAUCAAUGUUGAAAGGAGGAAGAUAAUGCUCAAGCCUAAUAACGAUGAUUCCAUAGCAGUUCGACGGAAUGAGGAGUAUACAUUAACUAUUGGAUUGAAAAGAAUGAAUAAUUCUAAAGUUUUGAAAGCACACUGUCCAAUGUUUUUAAAAGGAAAGGAUGAAAGUUGGUUUUUGAUACUAGGCGACAUUCAGAAUAAAGAAUUAUGGGCUUUAAAAAGGGUAUCUGGUAUAAACAAUCAGCAGAGAUAUCAUCAAUUACAAUUUACUGCACCUAAUAGCUUGGGAACAACAAAGUUAGCAUUCUACUUGGUUUCUGACUGCUAUAUGGGAUUGGAUCAACAGUACAGUAUUUGUUUAGAUGUAACUUGCUAAAUAUUUAAAUAAUAACCAAACACCUAAGACUGAAAACAAUAGGUGAUAUAUUAUAAUUAUCGCAAAACCUUUCUAUAUAUUAUUAAUGUAAGGAUUACAAAAAUAAAGAAAAAGAAAAUUUAUAAGAUUGUUAAUGUAUGUAUUGAGAUGAAUGCAAAAGAUGAGAUUUGCUAUAGAUGUAUAUGGACAUGAUUAUAGGAUAUUUAUCAUAAAUUGUGUACAGAAACUUGUAUAUUUUUCUUCAC